ACUUUUGGGGUAACAUCAUGUUAAAAACUGCACUGCUGCUCAUUGGAAUCGUAAUCGUGCCCAGUUCCCGGGCCGCGGACUACGAACUGUUGCUUGAGGAUCCGGAUAUAUUCGCUCCCUGUACCGAAAAGCCGCCCGGAUCCAUUGGAUUCACAGAUGCAUUUAACAUAGACAAUUUGGUAAUCGAUCAGGAUUCCGAUAUCAUACAUCUCUCAGAGAAUCUCACCGCCACCUGGGAUGUGGAGCCCACCGAUCGCAUUUCCGGGAGAUUUGCAGUGAUGCACUACAAUCGCGGCAGCUGGGAACCGACCCUAUUUACCUUGGCCACCGCGGACUUUUGUGCCGCAAUGUUCGACGAGAAUCUGUCAUGGUACAAGUACUGGACCAAAUACAUUUCGAACCGCGAGGAGGUGGAGAAGAAUUGCUUCAAUACGCGUGGAACGGUGCUGAUGCACAAACCAUUUGAUAUGCAGCUGCGGCUGAAGGACAUCCGAGGCACCUCGUUGCAGGGUCGCUACAAGAUCGUGGUCCAUUUUGAAGCUUUCGACGAAAAGGACACUCCACGAAAUCCUUCCAUAUGCUUUGAAAUCAGGGGAGAAGCCGAGAAGAUAAAGUAAAACGAUGGUGGAGGCCUUAUAAUUAAGUCAGGCGUUAUCUUUGUAUUUUUCAAAACCGAAAAAGAGAUUUUUCAUAGAUGGUCUCUUCUCAAUAAAAACAAAAGUCUGUCUCCAAA